CGGGCGGCGGCCAUGAGGAGGCCGAACCUGCUGAUCACCGGCACGCCGGGAGUUGGGAAAACCACGCUGGGAAAGGAGCUGGCAUCCAGAGCUGGGCUGAGCUACAUCAACGUGGGGGACCUGGCCAAGGAAGGAGAGCUGUAUGAAGGCUUUGAUGAGGAAUACGAGUGCCCCAUUUUGGAUGAAGACAGGGUGAUCGAUGAGCUGGAGGACAGGAUGAGCGAGGGAGGGGUGAUUGUGGAUUACCACGGCUGUGACUUCUUCCCCGAGCGCUGGUUCCACAUCGUCUUUGUGCUUCGCACGGACAACUCCUGCCUGUACGACAGGCUGGAGAGCAGGGGCUACACGGGGAAGAAGCUGCAGGACAACAUUCAGUGUGAAAUUUUUCAGACUCUGUAUGAGGAAGCUGUGUUGUCAUAUAAAAGGGAAAUUGUACACCAAUUACCCAGCAACACUCCAGAGGACCUAGAGAGAAAUUUGGAUCAGAUUAUGCAAUGGAUUGAGCAAUGGAUGAAGGACAACAACUGACUUUUGGUGAAGCAGUAACUGCUGGAUCUCUUCUUGGGAGGGAGGGUUUAAUAAAUUAUAUUCAUAAUUAUUGUAUUAUAAAUGAACGUGAGUUUUGCUGUAGCUGUCUGGGGGGGUGGAGGAAAGUUCAGAGGAGCCAGCUUGUGAUGAUUUAUAACAGCACCCUGAGAAGCAGCAGAACUGAUACAAGUGACUGAAAGGAUGGAAAUGAGGCGAUUGCCCUGAGUAGCAGGAGUUGUGUUCAGUAACUGAGAAUUCUUUGGACCUUAAAAUUAAAAGCAAACCAUGAAUUCCCUGUAAGAAAACUGUAAAAUCCUGAUAACAAGUGGCAGUUGAGGCAAAUUUGAUUUCCAGAGGGUGGAACAGUAUCCAGGAAAGGAGUUUGUUUUAUGUUGAGUUGUGAGACUGAAACCUGCAGUGCUCCACUGUGAGGGUAAUGCAGAGUGAGAGAGUUUGGUACAGGGUAAGGUGAGUCCUUUGCUUUGGAGGGAAAAGAAGUGAUGUGAGAGUUAUUUUAAAAUGAUUGCACAGAGAUUUGGAGGUUUGUUCCUGUGUAAGGAAACACUGGGUUAUGUGAGCACUGGCCUGGAGUGUUUAACAAUAAACUUUAUUUUUCCUUUUUUCCCUGUCUUCCCAUCUCCUGUCCCAGUUAUGGAAUGUAUGCAUCUCUGCAAGAUUACCCAGGAAAUGCUUCACUUGUCAGGCUGGACUUGCAGUGGUCCAAAACGUGGUCACAGAUAAUAAAACACUGUCGGGGAUCUGUUCUGAUUGCUGUUAAAGCCUGGGCCCCAGGGGGGCAGGGCUGCACAAGGAAGAGAAAACCUUUCUUGUUUUGUUUGCUUGGAAAGACAGCCUUGUGAGGGACUGUAGGGAGUGCUUGCUUAUAAGCCUUUUACAUACAUGAGUUUGUACAAUAAAACAACUUUAUUGAAAA